GAUGCCGAUUGCAUAGUGCACCACUCUCACUUCCACAUCACGACGAGAAACGUACCGUACCGUACCGUACCGGGUCGGGUCGCGUGCGUGAAGCCAUGACUACGGAAAAGAAGCGCAAGCUGCCUCCUCGCGCCGCGGCGAGGUCUGAGCAGGCCGCCAAGCGAAGACAAACCGACACGCCUCCGACCUCGAGAAAGUCUUCCACUCCAGCGCCCGCGCCCCAAAAGGAGCCCGAGCCCGAGCCCGCUGUGGAGGAGCCGCCCAAGCAGACAUUGCCCAGCUCCGUCACAGCAGGGAAGCCGCUUCCUACCGUCGAGGAACCGCAGCCGGAACAUCUUUCGACCAAGGACUAUCAGACUCUGCAAGAAAGCGGCGUCCUCCACGAGUCCUUUGUCCGAUCGCGUAACCAAUGGAUGACCGAGCAAAUAUUCGAAAAGUACUGGACGAAGCCGAUAAAGAAGAGGGGUGCCGUCAUCGAGGAACCCAACAAUCCUCCCAAGGACAGCAUGGUUAAGCUGGGCCAGGUGACAAUCACGGUUGAGCCACAUGUCUUCGAGGCGACAAUGUUCGCGGUCAAGGAUCCCAACCCUCCUCCGCCAAAACCACCAACCGAGAAGCGACCGAUCCUCGAAUACGGACCUCCGAAUGGGGUCAUGCCGCCUCCUCCUACACCCAAGCCCAAGUCAGUGGUGGCCUCAACCUCGUCAACACCUACGCCAGCUGCAUCAGACGCCAAGAAACCGAUCACAACAGAGGCGGAUCCAAAGGUCACCUCUCAGACAACACAACAAGCGGAGGCCAAGCCUCAAACACCAGGAAAGCUAGCAGUACACCCGACGUCACAGACACAGCCGACCAAACAACCAUCCGCGCAAAGUGCUCCUAGUCCAGCUGCUGCGGCCCCAUCCACGCUCGCGAAGCCCGCUGGAACGCCUAGAGGCAUCGAAUCACUUCUUUCACCAUCUCCGUCCUUGGCGGCUCCGCGGGCCCCAACCACAGCACCAGUUGCUGAUGCGCAACCACCCCGACCAGUGCCCGUCCCACCAACCGUUCCACCAAGUGCUGCGACUCCGGCCACCCCCUCAAUACCAUCGGGUGUCCCCCCAAGACCAGCAACAGGGGCUCCAGCAGCUCCAGCAGCUCCUGCCACGCCAAGAACCACUGCCAAUGGCGCCGCACCAGCCAAGCCAGCUGCGGGGGCAGAUCCAAUCAUUCUCAUGCUAGCCGAGAAGGCUGGCGAAGACCCUCAACUCCGAGAUCUCAUGAAGCGGGUGGCCCAGGGGGAGGCCUCCAAGCAGGAACUCGAGCGAUUCCAGGGUAUCAUUGACGCCAUCACGUCAGAGAGCAAACGGCAAAGCAACAUUCCGGCGCCACCAGCUGCAGAUAAGUUGUUUGUCGAUGGAAAAACGGUUCAGUACUUUGCGGACGAGGUAGCUGCAAUACUUGACAUUGUUCUAGCAUCCAACCCCAAGCAAAAGUCAUCUACUUUGCAGCCGCCCAAAGACAGCGAUGCUCUCCUGGUCUCGUUAGUAAAGAUAGCCCUGGACGAUGAAAAGACGAAGGAAAUGGUCCGGCGUAUAGCCCACAACAAGCCUCAACCCGCCGAUGCCACGGAUCUUAAGGCGAUUCUGGACCUCGCGCAUUCUAACAUUGCCACUAAAAAGAACCAACAGCAACGACGUCAAUCAACGGUCUCGGCAGCGGGAUCUUCGAAACAAACCAACGGCGCGAGCAAUGGGACUGAUUGCGGUACAGCAACGACCUCACAGGCCAAUGCUGCUGAGGAGAAGAAGACGACGACGGAGAAGGCCGAAAAGGCCACAAAGGAGAAAGGAGAGAAAGCCGACAAGUCAUCUGCCCAACAGGCACUUCGUUCAAAGGGCCCCCCGCCGCCGCCCAAACAACCUGAUUAUUCGGCCAUCGUAUUCGAGUUUGCAGGAGGAAACGGUGAUCGGUACCUCUUUCCCAAGUUCAGCAUUCUGGAUUAUCAGACUAUUCCCAGUAGCAACGCUAGCAGUACCCAAGGACAGCAACAACAGCAGCAACAACAGCAGGUGGUGGCGUCAUUCCUUAUCAUCAGGAGGGGAAGCAAAGCAGUAUAUCCGAUGGCGGACCCGGAGCUUGAUUACUACCAGCCCAUAACUAUAAGGUUGUUCACGGCGGCUCCCAGUGGCAAACAUGUGCUGGAUAAUUUGGCAAGAGUAGUGGCGCCGGAGGAGGAGGUCAAGAGGUACAUGGACGAUAUCAUGGAUACUAUGCAACGAAGCGAAUACGUUCUACUAGCCAUGAGGCUGCCCAGGCCCACUGAGACGGCAGAGAACGGCGAAGGAGAAGGAGGUAAGGCGCAGGACGGGGCCGCCGCAGCCGGGUCUGGAAAGGGACAACACGCGAAGGAGAAAGACAAGGACAAGGAGGUGGUGAUGAUGGAUGCUCCAUCAAGAGCAGAAGAAGCGGCGGCGGCGGAACUGAAAGCGCCAAAGGCGGCAAGGACGGGAGGAGUGUUGUGGACGACGGCAAACAAGCAGAUACCCAAGCCGGAGAUUAGGGAGCUUCCACCGAGGCGGAAUGCUAGAAUCAUGCUGGAGACCACGGAAGAUGAACAGUACCAGAGUUUCAUUCAGACGGUUACCAGAAAGGAUAAGGAGGUGGUCAGGUGAUUGUUUUUCCUGGAGGAGCGCUGUAUUAUCUAGAUAGUUUUGUCUGUCUGUCUCUGCCAGGAGUUGACUUUUACUUGGUAUUAAUGGACUAGACAUGGUUGAUAGUCAAGGGGAAAGUCUGGCGUG